CAACCAGAUAAGACAUUAUGUUUGCCUCUGUUUUGUUAGUCAAAUUCAUGCAAGCUCCAGCUCAGAUUCACUACAAGACUGCCAAAAGAUUGUUGAGGUACAUCAAGGGUACCAUUGAUCAUGGAUUGAUGUUUAAAAGUGGAGAUCUUCAGAGGACAUGAAAAGUACCUCUGGUUUCACUUUCACACUAGGAUCAGUUGUCUUUUGCUGGAGCUCAAAGAAGCAAAGCGUUGUAGCUCAGUCAACUGCAGAAGCUGAGUAUAUUGUUGGUUCUGAAGCAGUGAAUCAUGCAGUUUGGUUAAGAAAAAUUGUGGAAGAUUUGAGUUUCAAACAAAUGCAACCAACUGUCAUUAAUUGUGACAAUCAAUCUGCAGUUGCAAUGGCCAAGAACCCUGUGUUCUAUGGCAGAACUAAGCACAUCAAGAUCAAGUACCAUGUUCUUAGGAAAGCUGAAGCUGAAGGUUUGGUUUCACUAGUUCACUACUCAACUCAAGUUCAGUUUGCCGACAUUUUUACCAAGUCACUGCCCAAGACCAUAUUUGAAGAACUAAAAAAAAUUAUUGGAAUGGUCAGUGACAUUGGCAAGGAGGAGUGUUGCGGUUCAAACUUAGAUGGGACAAGCUCAAGCUAUCUGUGUCAUGCUGCUGAAGAAAUGAAGCCUGCAGAAUCCAGAAAGGUACUUAAACACACACAGGUUCAGAGAAGAUGCGAAAUGGGCACCCACGCAUUUGCACUUUAGAUGCAGGCAUGCAGCUUCCUGAGAAAGGAUCGAUGUUCCAGCAUGCAUAUCAGGGGCUCAUAUUCUAUAUGACAUUUCCAUAGACAAUGAAAACAAAAAAGCAUUUUGCAUUCCGUACCAUAUCUUUCACCACUCACCAGUGAAACCAUUUUGACAGCUUUCUGAUAUUACAGGAACCAAACAUCAACCAGCAUAAUACCAUGAUGAUGUAUGACUCACAAGGGAAGAUUCCCGAGCUAGAGGGGUAUGACCAUUCACCCGUCCAUGGAGAUGAUUCAGGUAGGAGAGUCGAUUGAUCAAGUGAUACGCCCCUGGGGGGUGUAUGUUUAUCAAAGUCACGCAGCUAACGACUCAAUCGAAGAAUCGAUUGAGCUCGAAUCAAGAACGAAGCGUUCU